AUGAGUUCUUCAACAACGACAACACCGAAAAGGCCACCGGUUGGUGGCCCAAAGGCGAACCAGGUACCGGAUGAAAUUCUCUACGACCCAGUGCUGAAUAGGCGAAUCGCCGCCUCCCUGCCCGACAACUACAGCUUCGAGAUUCACAAGACCAUUUGGCGGAUUCGAAAAGUGGGCGCCAAGCGGGUGGCACUUCAGUUUCCCGACGGCCUCUUCAUCUUCGCCGUGCCCAUCGUCAACCUGCUGAAGGAGUUCCUCCUCGACGAGGUGGAGUUCGUGAUCAUGGCGGACGUCGUCUACGGCGCCUGCUGCGUCGACGACUGCAAGGCCAAGGAGCUGGGCUGCGACAUGAUCGUCCACUACGGCCACUCCUGUCUGGUGCCGAUCAACACCAUGGCCGGCGGACUGGUCGUCCUCUACGUCUUCGUCGACAUCAAGUUCGACAUUCUCCACCUGAUCCAGACGGUGGCCACCAACUUCCGGCCGGAGGAGCACCGCCUCUGCAUCGCCUCCACCAUUCAGUUUGUCUCGUCGGCGCAUGUUGCGGCGCGGGAGCUUCGCGAUCAGCAUCACUUUGAGGUGGUGGUGCCGCAGUCCCGGCCGCUGACGCCUGGCGAAAUACUGGGCUGCACGGCGCCCUUCCUCGACGAGCACCACGUCAACACGCUGGUCUUCGUCGCCGACGGUCGCUUUCACCUGGAAGCGCUGAUGAUCGCCAAUCCCGGCCUGGCCGCCUACAAGUACAACCCCUACAGCAAGGAGCUGACGCGGGAGUACUACGCCAACGAGGCGAUGCUCAGCCAGCGCUCGGCCGCCGUCGAGAAGAUGGUGACGGUGCUCAGAGGCGAUGAUGGAACGACCUGUGGUGGAGCAGUGGGCCUGAUCCUGGGCACCCUCGGCCGCCAGGGCAACUUUACCGUCCUGGAGACGCUCAAAGCGCUGAUCGGUGACGUCAGCCCGUCCACGCCAGUGGUCACCUACCUCAUGUCGGAGCUGAAUCCGGUGCUGCUGACAGAGCUGGCCGGGGCUAGAAAAGGCGGCGAUGGAAAGUCGGAGAAAAUUGCCGCCUGGGUGCAGAUCGGCUGCCCGCGGCUGAGCAUCGACUGGGGCGACGCCUUUGUCGACCGGCCGCUGCUGUCGCCCUACGAGCUGAGGACGGCGGUUCGAAAUCUGCAGGCUGAAAAGAGGCAAAAGAAGGAAGAGGAGGAGGAGAAAAAUCCGGAACCGAACUUUACCAAAGACGGCCGCUACCACAUGGACUUCUACGCGACGAAGAGUCUGGGCGCCUGGACGCCCAGUCACCGGUGCCACACCGAGUGCGAGUGUGCGGGCGGUGUUGUGAAAGCCUAA